AUGUUACCACUUUCUUAAGUAAACAGAAGUCUAUUUCAACUUAGAAUAUAUACCAUAGAUAGUCAACUUCCUUAUUGCAAAAGCAUUUUGAAACAAGGAAAAAUUCUCCUGUUACUAUAAUUAGAGCUCCAGCUCUACCUAAGAGGCAACCCUUGAGUGGUUCUUCUUUGUGUUUAAGAACUCCCUACUCUGAUGUUAAAUUAAGAAUGUUUACAUAGGUAUUUGAUGUCUUUAUUUUAAGUAAACUGAAGAAUCGAAGUUUGAUUCUACAAUGAAACAAGAUGAUUCAUAAAAUUAAUAAUUGAGUUCUUUUAUAGAUAUAAAGAUAGAUAAAUUAAGUUGCACAAAAACAACUGCAGCUGAGAGUGUGGAGGAGGAAAAAUAAUAAGUCAAAAGUAGUUUUUCUUUUUAAUUAGCUCAAAGAAAAUUUUGCAAAAUAAUCAUAUCUAUAAAUGUAAAAGCAAUUACUUGAUCGAGAUUUAGAAUUACUUUAAUUAUAAAGAACUAUUAAAAUUCUUAAAGAUUAAAAUGUAAUAACUAUAUUAAUCAUAGAAAAAACUCAUUAAUGAAAAUUCUGUAUUGAAAAAAGAAAACACUCAUAUGAAAACAAAAAUUGAUUCACUUGAAAAAAGGAUUGAAGGAUCUCCAACACAUGCCAGAAUAUCUGAAUAUAUAUCUGCAUUAACUGAGGUUGAUAAAAUUAAAAUAGAAUCACUUUUAAACUGA